AUGGAGCAGAUGGUCAUUGACGACCUACUCAGAAAAAACGUCGACGUUGGUGACCACUGCGCUGGAGGGUUAAUCGUUCCUGCUUUAUCAUCAUUGCUGAAGUCUCAUGCCCCGGCAUCUGUCGCACUCGUGCAGCCAAGCGAAACAGGGCAUGGGCUCCAACUAUCCAAAUCAUGGAAUACCGGUCCCUUUACCACACUGGCACUUACGGCGAGCGAUGUCCACAUAUCGACACCCACCACUGUGAGGAGUUGCAGGAGGCACGAUGACCGUCGUCAUCACGCUAUCAGCUACCAUAUUGACCAGGCAAGGGACGAGCCUCACGGACGAUGCAGACACCACACUUGGGACGAAAUCAUGAUACUGCCUGGGCGUCGCCGACAAUACUACCCAGCAAUGUUGGCUUCGCUUCCACCAUGGCAUGAUAAUAGCGCAUACAUGCAGGUCUUGGAAUGGCAUCAGUCACCUUCAAGAUACUGUCUGAACCUCGACAACUUGGUGCCGACAUCCGAUGUCAAAGCUCUCACAGCAAGGUUUGGCGCCGCUACCUCCCAGCGCGAGCGACUGUCCAUACCCAUCAUCCAAGACUGCUUCACUGGUGCCGCCAUCUCAGACACGGCCGCCAUAGUGGCCCAUCUCGAUGAAACGGCUGUGGGCCUGGUCGUUCCUUCUUGGGACCUUAUGCCGGUACCAACAUCAACACCCACUUGGACGAUGAUACCCCACCUUCCCUUCUCCGACGCAGUAAUCGACGCUUUCGCUUUCCUUCCAGCCAUCCCUCCUCCCGUACUGAACGAAAAGGAUGAAAAGUACGAUGGCGGUGUCGGCGGAGUUCCAAAGAUGCAGGUUCCAGAGGGCGAAGUGUGA